UUGUACACCCAUUGGCUAACUUUUACGGAGAGUUCGUCGCUUUAGGGGAAAAAAGGUUUUUUUCUUUAAUAAGUUGUCUCAAAUCAUAGCUUCUUAACUCGCCGAAAUGCUUUCGAAGAAUAUAUGCGAGGGAAAAACUUCACCGUGUAAAGCGAGAAGUUGAGAGAUGCGGUUUUUGCUAGCUGCAGAUGUUACUGACUACAAGAGGAGCUAUCCGAAGAUGCUAACAGUUUGGCUACGGAUUGAAGUUGGUAAGAAAUGACAGCCCGAGGGGUGAUGGCGGAAUGUGCCACCGAUGUUUUGGUCAGUUUCUCCGAGUCGCUGCACGUCUACACCGGACUUCUGACGGUGGCCACGGUGUGUGGAGGACUGUCGGGGAUUUUAGCGGCUGCUCUUUUAUACGUCUUCUGCCUGAAGCCUUUGCUGUUGACGAGACAAGGAUACAAUGCGAGGAGGCUGCUGGAGCCAGAUGAUGGAGAAUUAGACAACAACCAAAGCGACUGUGUCAGCAACAGCAGAAAGGAGGCUACAAGUGGCACCACUAAUGACAAAGAGAAGAAGCAGCCACCCAUGAAUAGUGAUGUGGCUGCAUUUGCAUCCAGAGCAAAGGUGGUUUAUCCCAUCAACCAAAAAUACAGACCUUUAGCAGAUGGAGCAUCCAACCCAUCGCUACAUGAGCACUCAAAGUUGCCAGCGAUGCCUAAUGAAGAGUCUUCCUCCUCCAUGGACAGAGAGUCUCUGAGUCAGGAGCAAGACAAUGAUGACAGCAGUCAGUUUAUCUCAUCCUCUCUGGUCCCUAAGAGCCUACAGAAUCAGAGUUUCAAAAGGGUCUCUCACUACCCUCACACGCUGACACAAAGAGGUUUUGAAGGCAGGAUCAGUCUUUACUGUUUGGCCCUGCAGGAUGUACAAAACCACUGCUCUCAGCUUCAGGAAGAAAAAUACCUGAUUUUUCUGCAGAUGGUGAAAAUGAUAUUCAGCUGUCGGUUUCCAAAAGACAAAAAUGAUGCAGACUUUGCCAAAAAUAUUCUUCAGAUGCAAGAAAAGGAGCUAAAUGAGUUGAAGAAACAGUUGCCAACAGGCCAAACUGUCAGUGAGAAAAGUCAUGAUGCUCCCUGCACGUUGGAAGAGAUUGAGAGAGCUCAGAAAGAUCUCCUUGAACGUGGCCUUCAAACGUCCAAAAGUUUCAGCAAACAGGUGGAAGAUUUGUGCCAGCAUGUGCUGAAGAAGACCAGCAUUUUCUCUCCAGAUGAGGCGCAGAAUGUAAUUCUCUCUCUAAUUCAGACACUUCUAUUAGUAGAGAACCACCUGAUGAAAGUACAAGAAGCUGAUCUAAAGAGGAUACAGCAGAAGUUGUUGUGGUGGGAGGAGCUGACGGGGCUUCUUCAAUCCCAGCCUGCCUUGCUGAGGCGGGAAGUAUCUUUGAGACAGGCUUUGAUUGCCACAACACUCGAACAGCUGACAAGUGAUGACAUCUUGAAAUUCAGCCACAUGGAAAAGAUACUUUCAGAGAUUCAGGUCACUCUGACUGAAGGCCUUCAGCAGUGUACUGAGGAGUGCACAAGAAAGACAAAUGAGCUGGUAAACGAGAAGUGCCGCAAAAAGGAGUCCAAAAGGAAAAAGCUUCAGAGGAGCCAGAUGAAAGAGAGGAGCCAAACACUGGAGCUGAGACAGACUCAGAGCGACCUGCAGGAGCUCACCAAGGUGUACCAGGAGUUGCUGAUGAAACACAGGCAACAGAUUUCUGACUUGGAGCUGCAGCAGGACAACAGGGUUGCUGACGCUCUCUGUGACCUUUGGAAGAAACUUCGCAACUCCUGGUCAAAGAGACUCGGAGAGCUAGCAAAGGACGUCUUUCUCACCUCAGUUGCAGCCCAAACAAAGCUCUCUGCUGAACACUGUGAGAAACUGUGGUUGGAUCUGGAGCAGGAGUUGGUUGCUCAGCUGCAGCAGGCAGAGUGUACCACAAAGCAGCAACUGGAGGACAUGAAGGCUGAGUUGGAUAAAGAUGGGCAGGUAUGGAGUGAAGGCAUCUCUCUGGUGCAGGCCUGUCUGAAACAUCUGAGUGAACAACAGAUGAAGAUCCUCCGAGCCAUGCUGGCCAGACAGAGCUACACACUCAACAGUCAAAUGGGACGGCUGAUAGAGAAGAAACACGAGCACCUGUUGGUGGUGGUGCAGAGGUACUUUGUGGUCAGACAUUUCUGUCUGCACAUCCUGAAGGAGAUGAGACUGUCCAAGCUGAAGACACUCUCUCAGACUGACUUCAGAACUCUGCUCAUGGAGGACCCCAGUAGAAGCCAGGCCUGUGCUAAUUCAGCUCUCAAGAGCAGCAGCGCCAGCCUUGCAGAGAGACAUCUGGGCCCAGAGAGUCAGCUGCUGGGGAACAGCUUCCAACAGGAGUUCUUGUCUGAACUGGAAACAGGAACGGAGCUUCUUCAGAGUCACGCACAGCUGGUGCUGGGCAACGCCCUGAGCCACGCCAUCCAACAGAUGAUGGAGGCUUCACCCACAGGGACACAGACCUCUAAACAGGAUGAUGGCUUGAAGCGUCACCUGACAGAGGCUGUCGCAGAGAGUGUUUAUGUGACCAAAGAUUCUCUCACUGCACUGGUGGAAAGCUACUUUUCUCACCUGCAGGACAUUACCAAAACACUGCAGCAGGAUCGGUUGAACCAGGAGGUGAAUGAGAAGCAAGACAACAGCAGUCAGCUGAACAGAGCCUUGCUAAGGGAGCUGGUGAACUGGGGCAAGAAACCUGCCUCUGCUGAGUUUCAACAGAGGGUUGAACUUCACAAAAGAAAAGUGCUGGAGCAGUGUGAGUUGGAUCAGGACACGAUAUAUGAGGAGCUGAGGCAGAAGAAAGUAACCCAGGAUCAAACCAUGGAAAAGAUCAAAGGACAGUUACUGGAGGCAGAAGAAAGCUUCAUAACUGAGCUGGCAGCUUUGGCCCGGAUUUCUGUCCACAGUCCAGCCCCAGAACCUAGUGAUGAAGAGGACAACAUUGGCGAUCAGAGUGCCCCAAUGCUGGACCUGCUCGCCCUGAACCCAGCUUUAGAUCCAGCUUUGAAUCCUUCACUGACUCCAACCUUUGUAACUCCAGUGGUGAAGUCGAAGCCAAAGAAGCAAAGAGAACGAGAGUCUCAUCUCAGCUGAGAUCUUAACACCCUAACUGCAGGGGAGCCGGGGGGAGCUCGGCCCCUCUUAAUAAGACAUGAGCUCCCCUGAAAAUAUGAACUAAAUAGUACCAGUAUGCUGUUUUUGCCACACAUUUCUAUUUAUCCGUAUCUUCAUUAUUGUGGAUCGUGCAUAAAAUGAGGCUAUAACUGAUACAUGAUUCAUGCAUGAGGUUGAUUAGUCUCGGAUUCACUUUAAUGGAGAUCCCAGCAUGCUUUGCGGCAUAAACUACACUCAAACUCAAAAAUCAGGGAAAGAAAAAAACUUUCUUGAUGUCAGCUGGAAUACAACAAUCAGAAGAACAAACCUCACCUUUAGCGGUGCUGUAGCAGUGGCUACUGAAUAGGAAUAGUAAUAAAUAAAAGCUAAAUCAACUACUUUUAAGUGUUGCAUCUGUUGUUUCUGAGCUUGACAAUGUGGGGAAAAAAGCGAGCAGCCCUGAAAGCCAUAUUGUAUUUUGCACAUAAUGUUUACAUACUCAUAUAGCAACAGCUUGUAAGAAUGUUUACUCUUAUUUUUUACAGUUUUCACCUUAUUAAACAAUUUCUUCUCUGUUGAUAAUAUUGUCAGUAAUGUACCAGAGAAUCUGUCUGUACUUUGUAUAUAAAUUGACUGUCAAGUGUAGAUUUGAAUGUUACUAGAAGUGUUUGUGCUUUAAACAGGUGACUAAAACUU